CUUAUUUAAAGGUUGGAGAAACAGCGUGGGACACUUCUGCAUCGACGCGUCUCUGGUCUCUUGAAGACAUGUUGUCACUGACAUUAAGGCAGCUUGCACGUCCGCUGUGUCACCGAGCCCCCAGGGCCAUCGCCGUGGGGCUGCGAGGACAGCACUCCCAGGCGGCCUCGCGGGUGCAGGAAUGUGAGAGGCCGUGGACGGGGCAGGACAGCCUAGCCAAUGACGACCCCGAGAUGUGGGACCUGCUGCAGAAGGAGAAGGACAGGCAGUGCCGUGGCCUGGAGCUCAUCGCCUCUGAAAACUUCUGUAGCCGAGCCGCUCUUGAGGCCCAAGGCUCCUGUCUGAACAAUAAGUACUCAGAAGGCUACCCUGGCAAGAGGUAUUAUGGUGGUGCUGAGGUGGUGGAUCAGAUCGAGCUUCUGUGCCAGAAGAGGGCCCUGGAGGCGUUCGACCUGGACCCCGCCCUCUGGGGGGUGAACGUGCAGCCAUACUCGGGCUCCCCCGCCAACUUCGCUGCUUACACUGCCGUCCUGAAGCCUCACGACCGCAUCAUGGGCCUGGACCUACCCGAUGGAGGCCAUCUCACCCACGGUUACAUGUCCGAUGUGAAGCGGAUCUCGGCAACAUCCAUCUACUUUGAGUCCAUGCCGUACAAGUUGAAUCCCAAGACAGGCCUCAUUGACUAUGACCAGAUGGAGAUGACAGCCCGCCUCUUCCGCCCCAAGCUGAUCAUUGCAGGCACCAGCGCCUACGCCCGCCUCAUUGACUACACUCGCAUCAAGAAGUUGUGUAAAGAGGUGAAUGCCUACAUGCUAGCUGACAUGGCUCACAUCAGCGGCCUGGUGGCUGGCAAAGGAGUUCCAUCACCCUUUGAUCAUGCAGACCUGGUCACGUCCACUACACACAAGUCACUCAGGGGGUCCAGGGCCGGGCUGAUUUUCUACCGGAAGGGGGUGAGAUCGGUGGACAAGAAGGGGCGUGAGAUACUCUAUGACCUGGAGGAUAAAGUCAAUUUUUCAGUUUUCCCCUCCUUGCAAGGUGGCCCCCAUAAUCAUGCCAUUGCUGGUGUGGCUGUUGCCCUCCGACAGGCUACAACGCCAAUGUUCAGAGAGUACAUUUCCCAGGUGUUGCGCAACGCAAAGGCCAUGGCAAAUGCCCUGCUGAGCAGAGGAUAUACUCUGGUGUCAGGUGGGACGGACAACCACCUGGUUCUGGUGGACCUGCGGCCCCAGGGCAUGGAUGGAGCAAGGGCCGAGAGGGUUCUGGAACUGGUGUCCAUCACCGCCAACAAGAACACCUGUCCAGGGGACAAGAGUGCGCUCACACCUGGAGGCCUCAGGCUAGGAGCCCCUGCCCUGACGUCCAGGCACUUCAAGGAGGCUGACUUUGAGAAGGUGGUUGAGUUCAUGGAUGAGGGCUUCAAGAUUGCCUUGGACGUGAAGAAGAAAACUGGCAAGCUCGCAGAAUUCAAGGCGUUCCUUCUGGAGGACCCCGAGACGGUCGCCCGCCUUGCUGACCUUCGGCAGCGCGUGGAGGCCUUUGCACGCCCCUUCCCCAUGCCCGGAUUCCACGAUCACUAAAUCUAUCCACAGAGAGAGAGGCUGGAGGGCGGCUGAGGCGGACAUUGGGUAAUGGGACAUUGGGUGUGCUCGUGGAAGAGUUGCUGGGUAGAGGGAGAGGUGGGAUGUCACUGCCAAGUAACAUCACAAAGACUUUGCUGUAGCUUCGAAGGAAAUAUCACAAAUCAAAAAAAUCAUUCACAUGAUUUUUUGUCUUCAUUUACAGAAUAUCGGCCUUUUGGCCAUCUGUUUACAAAAUGCUAAUUGACAGAUGUAAUUAUAUUUCUUCUGCAAACAUCAGCAUGGAAUAUCAGUGAAACCAGAAUGAAAAUUGGUAUUUAUAGUGUGAAAAUAUUUGUUUGUAUCAGAGUAACCCUGAACCUCAUAAACGACAAUCUGUUUGCACCUGGUUGUGAAUUUGGGGGAAUUACAGUGGGAUCGACCAUGUUAUAAAAAUGUUUGUGUCCCUCAAAGUGGCCAAUAGUGUAAAGAGAUAUAUAGUGUAAUAUAUUUAAAGAGAUGCUAGUGUCCUAAUGAACUGUGGCUCUCUCGUUUCUCCAAUGUUAGCAACUCCAAACCAGGUCUGUUUGAUACCAUUGGCUCAGUUAAGUGACUGAUCCGUGAUUAAGAGUGUGGGGCACAGUGGGCUGCAGGGUGGACCCUGAACCCUGUACCCUGUCCUGCUGAAGCACAAAAUUGUGUACCUCCCUCUCCAGCUCACUCUUGCUGCAGGCCAUUAGCAAGGGCUUCACAAUACAUUUAACAAAGAGUAUCAGCAAACCUGCACAUCACAGUAAUGUGCAGACAGCAAAAAAAAAAAAGCCUUCAUCCAGUACCAUUUCACAGUGGUGACAUUCGCCAUCUGUUUACAAAACAUCAGUACCAUGUCUUUUUUUAGUUAUUCUUUAGAACUUUUUUAUCAGUAUUCCAGCAUCUAACCAGAGACCUUUUUUUUUUUUUUAAUUUGUGCUUCUUGCCUUUGUAAACUUCAUCUUUUUUGUCUGUUCUGUUGAAUUAACAUUGACCACCUUUGAUGAGAAAUGCACGUUAACAUGUCUAUAUAUAAGGAGAGUAGGAAUUAAACUCUGUAGUUUAUAAUUUUUGUAGGGUGUCUGAAUAAAUAUUUUUGCUGGCAGAUUUGACUUCUAUAUGUGUGGGAAAGAGGAAGAGGAAGGGGGCAUCCCGGUGUGUUAACACUGCAUCAGUGAGCUUGUGGGAUUUCCUCCUUGGGGGAGUUGACUGGGUGUAUUAGCACAGGCACAGGGAGAGGGCAGUAUUGUAAUGCACAGUGUUGGGAUCGGGCCCACAUGGAAAUACCUGCACUAUGUAGCGUAGCAUUCCUCACAGACCAUAACAGUUCCCCAGCCGCUGAUGUCUCGGGUGGGGGGGCUCUGUCGCCUGCUUCGAUGGGGUGCUUCACAGGUGGUCAGCGGCUCACUUACUCCAUGGACCUGCUUAAGAGUCUCUUGUACUCCUAGCCCUACUGUGACACUCCUGUCAGAGUGCUCUGUGUUAGAGUUGAGUCUACCAUUUAAUCUUCCCUCUCAAAAUGGUAGGAAAACGGUAUGCUGCCUACAGUUACUAAUUUUCUCCAAAAUAAAAUGUUUUUAAUGGUCCUCCUGUUCGAACCUUGUGUAAUUGAACAGCAGCCUAAUCCUAAU